AAUUGUUAUCAAAUCUUUAUUAUUCACAGUCAUUAAUUGUCAUAUAUAUAUGUUAAUCAUAUUAGAUAAUUCUAUAGCUUUUAUUUAAAUAAAUAAUAUAUGUUUCUUAUAUUAUAAUGUUCCCUAGUAAUUGAAUUUGGAUUAACAUUUUUUUCAACUGAUCCGUAAACUGUCACGUAAGCUAAAUUUGCAUUCUAAUUAAGUGACACCUACGUAUGGUCUCUUUUCAAUUAGUAUAAAUUUAAGGUUACAACUUUUGAAAUGAUUAUCAGUUAAUAUUUAGGGGAUAGUGAUUUGAUUUACAAAAAAAAAAGAUGAUAUUUUUGAUAGUUUAAUGUUUUCAGCUUAGUUGUUCAACUCGUUUUAGUUUAAGUAUGAACUCUUUGUUGGUUUGAUUAUUUUUUUGAGCUUUGCUGAAUCUCGAAAUUAAUUCCAUAUAAUUAUAGUUUGUGUUAACCUCACGAAACUAAAAAGAGUUAGGAUGUGACUGGUGACCAUCAUAAAAACAAUAGGAACGGAUAGGAAAUGAAUGAAUAGGAAUAAAAUUUUAGGAAUGAUGGUUCCUUGUCAAAAUUAAUGAGGAAUAAAUUUGUUCUAUAAUUCUCUACGAACAAAGAAAUGAAUGGGAAUGAAAAGGAAAAUCCAUUCCACAUUAAUGGUAAAAAAUUUAAGGAAUAUUAAAGAAUAUAGUGUUCCUCCUCAUUCCCUUGGUCACCGGUCACACCCUUAGUGUAUUAGUUUUUGUACUAAAUGCUCUUAAUUAUGUAAUGAAACGAAACAAAACGAAACGUAAAGAAGGGUUGAAGAACGGAUAGAACAUAAAAUAAUAUUAUUCCUUCCGUUAUAAGUUAAUUAAGUGUAGUUUUUGAACUUUUCACACAUUAACAAAUAUGAUUUAAAAAAUUAUAUAACACGCUUUAACCAAAUACAAAAUCAUUUUUUUCUUUCAAUCAAGCCUCUAGAAUGGUCUUCAUUUUUUUUUUAGGUUUAUUACAAGCUGAUACUAAGAAAAUAAAACUUCAAAAAGACUUUAUGAAAAACAUGAAGUAACUUUCUAAUGUUUUUCAUCCGGAUUUAAAAGACUUUGUAUGAAAGAAAUGAUCAAUGAAGUAGUUUUCUAAUGUUUUUCAUACUUGGUUUGAACUAGAGUGUAGAUCCCUAGUUUGAAUCUGUAUCACUGGAACAAUAUUCAUCGCUUGAGAUACAAGAAAGGUGGUGAGUCUUUACGUGGAUGCCAGUAAAAGCAAUAUGUUCCUCGCUUUUGUAUUGCGAAAGAAGGUUCUGAAUUAUAUAUAUAAUAACUUAACUGUAUAUAUAUGUAUAACUAUAUCAUUGGGUAAUCGAUGAGCAAUACAAGUCAUCCCUUCAUGGACUGCUUAAAAAUGGUGUUCAAUCUAUUCCCAAAUUGGAAGCGUGCGACAGAAGUUAAAAAGCUAGUUGCAGGUUACAAGCUUCAUGGUAAUCCUUUCUCCACCAACACAAGGCGUGUUCUCGCUGUUCUUCUUGAGAAAGGACUCUCUUACGAGCCGAUUACCGUCGAUUUGAAAACCGGUGAACACAAAAAGGAUUCUUUCCUUGGUCUCAAUCCUUUUGGUCAAGUCCCAGUUCUUGAAGAUGGUAACCUUACGCUCUGUGAGUCUCGAGCCAUUACUCAAUACAUCGCAUAUGUUCAUAGCUCAAGAGGUACACAACUUCUGAAUCUUCAAAGCCACGAGACAAUGGCAAUACUAACAAUGUGGAUGGAAAUCGAGGCUCACCAGUUUGAUCCACUUGCAUCGAAACUCACUUGGGAGCUAGUCAUUAAGCCUCUCUACGGUCUAGAGACUGACCACAUGGUCGUCAAAGAAAACGAGGCUGGUCUAGAGAAGGUUCUAGAUGUCUACGAGAAACGACUUGGAGAAUCUAGAUUCUUGGCUUGUAAUACCUUUACUUUGGUUGAUCUUCAUCACUUACCCAAUAUACAAUUCCUUCUGGGAACCCCAACGAAGAGAUUGUUCGAAAAUCGACCUAAAGUGCGCAAUUGGGUGCAUGAGAUUACGAGUAGAGAGGCUUGGAAAAUGGCUUGUGAUCCAGAAAAGUCUUGGUUUGUUAAUCAGGGGAAAUAAAUGAAAGCAAAAUAAAACUUGUGUAAGAAAGUGUGUUGUGUGUUGUGUUUGGGUCUUUGUGUGUUGUGUUUGGGUCUUUGUUUAUAAUCUUGUGUUGUUUGUCUGUGUGGUAGGGGUCUUUUAAGAUGCUUUGUAUUUGGUUUAUUUGUAUAUCUGAUGCAUAUGAAUAAAUGGAUUUAAAAGUAUUAAUGAUUAAUUAUUCAUGAAUUCAUGAA